CGUACCGUCAACACUCUAGAGUCUAGACCACCAGGUGACCACGGUAAGCUUAACACACUGUAUCAUUCCCCCCACCCUCAUGAGAAAGCCAUAACGUUGAUAUUUUUCCUUCGAUUGGUUUCAACGAGCAAUCAUAAUCUUCUUCUACUGAAACUUGUCACUGUUGGAACCCUACCUUCAAGCUCUCAAAUCGAUCACGUUAAUUACAUCUCACUUUUGCCGCUGCUAGUAUCUUCAAUCCUAAUCCCGUCUCUCUGAAUUUCGCGGUAUUUUUCCAGUUUUCCCAUGGGAUUUCAUGUAUCGGAUGAAUUGUUGGGGACGAUUGUGCCACUUGUGGUGUACUGGCUGUAUUCUGGAUUUUACAUGUUGUUUGAAUCUCUAGAGAAUUAUCGGUUGCAUUCAAAGCAAGAUGAAGAUUGUAAGAAUUUGGUUCCUAGGAGAACCGUCGUCAAAGGGGUUCUUCUCCAACAAGCUCUUCAAGCUGUCGUCGCCAUCAUUCUUUUCACGGUUACCAGUAAUGAUGCUGAUGCUGCCAACAGUAAAGGGCAUUCCCUGGUCGAUAUUGUUAGACAAUUCUUUACUGCUAUGGUGGUCUUAGAUACUUGGCAGUACUUUAUGCAUCGUUUAAUGCAUCAAAACAAGUUCUUGUACCGACAUAUUCAUUCACUACAUCAUCGGCUUGUUGUUCCAUAUGCUUUUGGGGCUCUUUAUAACCAUCCAGUAGAGGGGCUUCUCCUGGACACAAUUGGUGGAGCUCUGGCUUUCCUCCUUUCAGGCAUGUCCCCUUGGGCCUCUAUCUUCUUCUUCUCCUUUGCAACCAUUAAAACAGUUGAUGACCAUUGUGGAUUGUGGCUUCCGGGGAAUCCUUUCCAUGUCUUUUUUCGGAACAACUCUGCCUAUCAUGAUGUACACCACCAGCUUUAUGGCGCUAAAUACAACUUCUCACAGCCUUUCUUUAUCAUGUGGGAUAAAAUCCUUGGGACUUACAUGCCUUACACACUCGAAAAGAGAGCGGGUGGGGGUUUCGAAGUAAAGCCUACAAAAUUUGACAAGGAUGAUUGAUGAAAUUCACAUAUUGUCGGUUAUUGGUCAAAAUAUGUGCCAGUAAAUUGGUAUCAAUUUUAAGUUUUGCAAUUAUUUGUCUGUCAUUGUCAUAAAUGUUCAGUUUAUAUCUACUACUUACCUAGUAUGUAUUUUUUGUAUAUACAUAUUAUAAUAGAUUCCCCUUUCUGAGGGCUUGUAAGUGUUGUCCAACUUAAAACUCAGCUAGUGUAUGUAACAUGCUGGCAUUACAAUACUUUGCUUUGUGUCA